AUGGUACGCGACAGGCGGGAGCAUGCCCGUAGGCGAAAGACGUGGGAGCUGGCUCUUACAACCAAAGUUUUGUUUCUGACCGACAUAUUCUCAUUUCUUCUGGCCGACUUCAACCGCGGCAGCAAGACGCAGCAGGAUCGGCGGGACUUGCACGGCGAUGCGCAGCUGAUCGUCAUUGCGGGCAGUGAAUCCGUCUCUACCACGAUGACGCACGUCUUUUUCCAGCUCGCCCACGCGCUUCACAGAGAGCUCGACGUGCUACCUAGCUUGGCACAUGACAAUCUACUCAAGGUUCCCUUGCUGGAUGCCGUCAUCAGCGAGACGAUGCGCCUGCAUCCCGCAGUCCCUUCGGGGACGCAGCGCAUGACGCCUCCAGAAGGGUUGCCUAUCGGCGAGAGACAUAUUCCUGGAAACACCAUUGUUCAGGUUCCCUCCUACACCGUCUUCAGAGGUACAACCCGAUCUCCCUCCUAA